AUGGUAGGGAGUUCCACAAGUGCUCUCAGCGAAACUUCUUUAGACAUAAAUUCACUUCAACAAAUAAAGGAAAAGAUCUUUUCAGCUCGUGAAUGUGUGUCAUCUGAAAGCAACAAACAAAGACGCACAAGAAAUCUCUUGAUACAAGACAGAAAUGAAAUAUCUGACAUUCAUGUAAGAGCUGAAAACAUUGUCUAUUUCCCUCACAACAGACAACAUCAUUAUUUAAAUGAUGUUGAGCUUUCAACUGAAAUCUUCCAUGAUGUUGAUCUCCGCUUUGGCUGUCCAACAAAAACAUCAUUACUGCGAUCCCGACAAAGAGCUGCAUCAACAUGUGUAUUAUCAAAACAACUGAAAGCACAGAUUUUAAAAAUUCAGUUGAAAACACCAGUCUUUCAAAAAGCUUUAUCUUCUGAAAGAGUUAGGCCAGCAUCAGGAGUGGCAGAUAACUCUUACCAUGGAUUCCUCACUGGUGGACGUUACAACUGGGCCCAUUUGAUUGAUGGUAAGAGUCGAACAGACCUCGGACUUUAUAUACCUCGGUCCAAUCCCCAGAGAAGUUUUUUUGUUGCAAAAAUAAACAAAAAAGAAAAGAAGACGAUAGAAAGGGUCACUUUGGGUUGUUGCACCAACAAAAUGCAAGACACUGAAUGUCAGUGCUGUUGGCCGAGACAAUCUCUGCAGCCACAGCCAUUGAGUAUCCAAGAUGCAUCAGACAAUGUCCCAGACUUGAACAUGGAGGAGCCGGGGCAAGCCCCACCCCCAACGCCAGUUAGUGUGCAUCCUGUUGCAAAGAGUAAAAAACUGACUAGAGUGAUGACUGCAACAGCCGUUCAUUUGAAAGAGAAAGAAAGUAACAAACAGGGACUGAAAGAAGGUGGACAAAAUAUUUGGAUAAACACCAUCUCUUGA